AUGGGUGCACUUCACUACGCAGUAAUCAGUGGCAAUGUGACCACCGUCAACCUUCUUUUGGAUUAUGGCGCCUCGGUUAACAUGCUUAAUAAUUCGCUUCAAUCGCCUCUCCAUCUGGCUAUCACUACCAGCCAGUCGGAAAUCUCCAAAAGCCUGAUUGAUCACGGUGCCAACGUCAACCUGCGGAAUGAUGCCGGCAAAACGUUACUUCAGGUUGCUGUCCUGGCCAGCAACGUGGAAAUCACAAAGCAGAUCCUUAAGCGCAGUAUUCUGACCAUCGACAGCAAGGAAAAGCUGAUGGGUCGCACGCCGUUACAUGCAGCCUGCUCGGUGAAUUGCUACCCUAUCGCGAAACUGCUCAUUAACUACGGAGCGAACGUUGAUUUUACAACCAAGUGUCACACUACGCCGCUGCACAUCGCAUCCGAAGGUGGUGAAGCAAAAAUUGUGAAACUGCUAAUAGACAAUUCUGUUCUUGUAGACAAAACAACUAGUACCGGUAAGACACCUCUAAUGAUUGCCAUCGAAUACGGCCAUAUAAAGGUGGUUGAUGUUCUAAUGGAAGCCAAGGCAAAGGUCAAUGCCAAAGACCUUCAGGGAUUGACACCACUGCAUUACGCGGCGCAGAAGAAUGAUCCCUACUUCCUGAAAGUUCUCAUUGCAAGCGGUGCAAAUGUCAAUGCUGCCGAUAACAAACGCAAGACACCGCUUCAUCACGCCAUCAUUGCCAAAUUAGAUGAUAUUGGCGAUCAUCUCAUCGAACUGGGCGCCGAUGUGGACGUUGUAGAUGACAUCCAAAUGACGCCGAUGGAUUACAAAAAACUCAGAGUUUUGCGUUUUAAGGUAGAUCUACUCUUUAUCAAAAUUAUACUAAAAUAUAAUUAUAUAUUAAGAUAA